AUGUCUGACGCCUACAAAUUUGAAUAUUUUACUGUCCAGUUUCCUGCCGACCACAAAUAUGUGGCUCAUGUGGAGAUCAACCGGCCAGGCAGUUUGAAUGCCUUCAUUGAAGUGAUGUGGGAGAAUAUGGCCCGGAUCUUCAAUAAGCUUUCCACGGAUCCCGACGUUCGUGCGAUCGUCCUCAGUGGUGCUGGAGCGAAGGCAUUCACUGCGGGGUUGGACGUCAAGGCAGCCUCCGAAGGCCUCCUGUCAUCAGAGACCAAGACUGACCCAGCCCGGAAGGCAGCUUCCCUACGUCGCCAUAUCCUCGCGUUCCAAGACUGCAUCAGUGCAGUUGAGCGCUGUGAGAAGCCCGUUGUGGUGGCCAUGCACGGUUACUCGUUGGGCCUCGCUAUUGACUUGUCCACGGCGACCGAUGUGCGUCUCUGUGCACGGGAUACCAAAUUUGGGGUCAAGGAAGUGGAUAUUGGACUCGCAGCAGACAUCGGUACCCUCAGUCGACUCCCCAAGGUUGUUGGAAACUACGGGUGGGUGAAGGAGGUUGCUCUGACAGCCCGCGAGUUCGGCGCCGAGGAGGCGCUGCGGGUGGGAUUCGUUAAUGCCGUGUAUGACAACCGCGAAGCCACCAUCGCCGCUGCCUUCAAAAUUGCCGAUCUGAUGGCCAGCAAAAGCCCCGUGGCUGUGCAAGGCACCAAGGAGAUUUUGAACUACUCGCGCGAUCACUCGGUCCAAGACGGACUGCGUUAUACGGGUGUGUGGAACAGCGCUGCCUUGCAGACGCAGGAUGUAUCGGCUGCUUUGAUGUCUGGGUUGCAAAAGCGCACUCCGACGUUCGAGAAGCUAUAG